AUGGACAUCCGGCUAGGCCCAGCGUUGGGUCAGGCUGAAUGCUCUAUCGGCAAGACUCGAAUAAGGGCUGUUGUUACUGGCCAGCUCACGAGCCCACCGAGCAAUCGUCCUAGGGAGGGUCGUCUCAGCAUAAACGUAGAAGCAGGCCCAAUGGCUGCACCGGCAGUUCUUCCGUCUGGUAACUCGAGUGGUCUCGUUGGGAGCGCCCAAACACCAGAGGGAAUAUCUCUAUGCAAUCAACUAGAGCGAAUGCUCAAGGGUUCCAACGCAGUGGAUGUAGAAGCCCUAUGUAUCCAGAGUGGUUCCCUGGUGUGGGAACUACGCUUAGAUGUGCAUGUACUCAGUGACAACGGUAACGUUGGCGACGCGGCCGCCAUAGCAAGCAUCGUAGCACUACGCCACUACAGACGAGCUGAAGUGUCUGUUGUGAACGGGGAAAUCAUCUACAAGCCUGAUGUUGUCAUGAACCAAUAUGGAGAACUGUGUGGCGCACUCAAGUCCGGAGGAACAUCACUCAUGUUGCAUAGAGACCUCAUACCAGCUAUCUGUCUGGCUACGGCUCGAGUGAAAGAAGUCACCGCUCUAAUCAAUGAGAAGCUAGCCAUAGAUGAGCAUACCCGCUUCGACGUACACAAAGCUGACAUCCAUCAUAAAUACGCCUCUUCUGGACUGGCGAUUGAUUUUGACAAUGAUAUCUCACCGCAAGAGAGACAACAUCGACGAAAACGAAGCCUCGCUCAUCUGGCAAUACCUCAACCCAUGGAGCUAGACCUUCCCACAGAGCACCGAGCUACUACUGACUCCAGGCCAGCCGGAGACAGUGGUGAGGAGGAACCCUCUCUGGAACCAUCCGAACCGACACCUCCUGAUGUCCCCACUGCGACCAUGUACAGUACCCAGCAGUCGGAUGGUGGUGCCCCUGACGUUGCUGGAGCCAUGACGCCGGCACCAACUCUAUCAGUGGCAGCAUCGGAUGAUGACGACUUGGAUGACCUAUCGGCGGCCGUUCUUGUGAAGAAGGCCAAGAAGAAGCGUCGACCUCGGAAGUGA